UUGCGGCAAUUAAAUGUUUUGUCUGUGACUCCAGCGAUAAUCCAAGUUGUGAGAAUUUAAAAUCAAAUCAAAGCAUGGCGGCAGAGGAAUGUACUUUAGACAAAAUGCGAACAACCAAUACUUGGCUUUUCGACUUAAAUCGUUUUGCGUACUUCGAUACCGGCGCUAGCAAUGGACCGCUAAUGAACUGCCAAAAAGUGGUGGCUAGAGAUCCAAAUACCGGCAAAAUGGUGACAGCACGCUUCUGUCAGUUGGAUACUGCCGAUUCGGAUGCCUGUCAAAUAUUGGGUAACAAAUUGGGUUGGCCACCAGAGUUGGCGCGUAACGCUAACCUCGACGCGGAUGACAAGAAUAAAAAAAACAAGAAGCGUAAGGGCAAAGGCGGCAAUAAUAAUGGCGGUGUAGACAAUCUGGAAGAUUCGGAGCUGCACUGUUCCAUUUGCGGUACAGACGGCUGUAAUGGCAGUUCAAGCAUUUCGGCAUGGAGUUGGUGGUGUGCCGGUACUCUACCAAUGCUUAUAGCAAUCGUCAACAUAUUGCGUCAUAGUGUGUGGUGAAUGUGGAGCUUGAAAACUCUUGAAAACUCAAGUGGAGUGCGGCUGAGUUGGCAGAGUUUGAUCGAAUAAAAAUUGAAAUUAUUACAAAAAAAAAGGUGCAAUAUAAUUUUAAGGUUAAGUUCAAUGGUCAAUGUGUUGUUCACCGGCGUUUUGUCCUGUGCGUUCAAAUUGUUUGGCAAAGUAGUUGCAGAGCGUUGAGGAGCAUAGCCAGAUAAAUGCCUUGAGUUUAAUAUAGUUUUAUGUGUAGAGUCACCAAAUAUGCACACUGUAAAUAUUCAUUCAAUAUUAU